AUGGAGUUGCAACAAUUAAACAAUUUAGACCUCAGUCGUAAUUCUUUUCUAUCAGACAGAGGAAUCCCAGAGUUUCUUGGUUCUCUCAACAACUUGAGAUACCUUGAUCUGUCAUUUUCUGGUUUUGGCGGAAAAAUUCCAACUCAGUUUGGCUCUCUUUCUCAUUUGAAAUACUUAAAUCUUGCUUGGAUUUUUCUGGAGGGUUCAAUCCUACGUCAACUUGGAAAUCUCUCCCAGUUGCAGCAUCUUGACCUCCGCGGAAAUCAUUUUGAAGGAAAUAUACCCUCUCAAAUUGGAAAUCUCUCCCAGUUGCAGUAUCUUGAUCUAAGUGGCAAUCAAUUUGAAGGAAAUAUACCCUCUCAAAUUGGAAAUCUCUCCCAGUUGCAGCAUCUUGAUCUAAGUGACAAUUCUUUUGAAGGAAGUAUACCGUCCCAACUUGGGAACCUUUCAAAUUUGCAGAAGGUUUAUCUUGGCGGAUAUUAUUAUGGUGAUGGUGGUGCUCUCAAAAUUGACGAUGGAGAUCAUUGGCUGUCUAAUCUCUUUUCUUUAACCCAUCUUUCCUUCCACUCCACAUCUAAUCUCAACACUCCUCGUAGCUUCCUCCAAAUGAUUGCCAAGCUACCAAAACUAAGAGAACUAAGCUUAUUUGAUUGUAGCCUUUCCCAUCAUUUUAUCCUUUCAUCGAGGCCCUCUAAAUUCAAUUUUUCUAGUUCCCUUUCCAUCCUUGAUCUUUCCUGGAACAGCUUCAUGUCAUCAAUGAUACUCAAGUGGCUGUCCAACGUCACUUCCAACCUUGUUGAGCUUGACCUUAGUUAUAACCUCUUGGAGGGUUCCACAUCAAACCAUUUUGGUCGUGUAAUGAAUUCUCUUGAGCACCUCGACCUCUCAAAUAAUAGAUUCAAGGGUGAGGUUUUCACGUCCUUCAUGAAUUUAACAUCACUUGACUUUCUUGAUUUGUCAAGAAACCAUCUAGUUGGUUCAAUUCCUCCAAGUCUUAAUCAAAUUGAUCAACUCGGCGUCUUAGAUUUGUCUUAUAACAAUCUAUCUGGAGAGAUUCCAACUGGAACACAAUUACAGAGUUUCAAUGCCUCAUGUUAUGAAGAUAAUCUUGAUCUUUGUGGACCGCCACUAGAGAAAUUGUGUGUUGAUGGGAAGCCUGCACAGAAACCAAUUGUUAAACUACCUGAAGAUGAAAAAUUGCUGUUCACCUGUGAAUUUUACAUGAGUAUGGCAAUUGGAUUUGUUAUAAGCUUCUGGGGCGUCUUUGGCUCAAUCUUAAUAAAGCGUUCUUGGAGACAUGCUUAUUUCAAGUUCAUAAGCAAUUUAUCAGACGCUAUUUAUGUCAUGGCAGCAGUGAAAGUUUUCAAGUGGCGUCACAGAGGAUAG